AUGCCUUUGGUCAAAAGCUUAGUGGUUGUUGUGCUUCUAAUCGGAGUGGUUUACCAAGUUCAAGGCCAGUUGGGCCUUGCUGGUAACAAUUACAUCGAGAAGCAGCUUUUGUGCGCCCUUGAUAAGGCUCCGUGUGACGCGCUGGGCAAUCAAAUCAAAGGUGCAUUGCCGGAAAUUAUAGGAAAAAACUGCGAACGUUGCGAUUCGAGGCAGGUGGCAAAUGCUAGAAGGAUUGCACGAUAUGUCCAAACCAAACAUCCUGAUGUUUGGAAUGCGCUAGUUAAAAAAUAUUCAGUAUAA